AAGGAGUGGUGAAUUUACUUUAUAUUGCUUCCCGUGAACUUUCUCUGUUUUGUAUUUGGUGUGUGAUUAGGUUACCUAUUACUACACUAUUCUUCUACCAUCGCGCAUUACCUGCUAGAUAUCGUUGCUUCGAAUAAUGUUGUUUGUUCUAACCUCAUCAUAUCUAUUAUACUUUUACCCUCGAGAGCGGUGACCAUCUUCUUUAUAUUUUGAUCAACACCAAGGACGAAACCUCCUCAAAACAUCCACCUUCGAAAGAAAAUCGAGGAGGCUGAACUGCCGAAAUUUCAAUCUCUAAAAUCAGAGGCAGUACAUUUUUCUCAAGAUUACACACGGCUUAGGAGGAAUUUGGGCUUUUUUUUUAGCUGGAACUCUUCUUUCUACAACAUUCACAAGUAACUAUAGAAUCGAACAACUUCAUAUCAAGCUUCAAGCAUAAGCUUUCUUCCACAAUCAUUACAUCCCAUCACAACAAUUCACAAUAAUCAAAUCGCAUACACAAAUAUUCACAGUAUACAUGCCUGGAACAAUUAUGGCGGAAGUCCAGCAACCGUCAAUGGUACAGAGUCACCCACGAGCAAUCCCUGGACAGGAUACAGUCUUGCAGAUACAACCUCCAGCUGCUACAGCACUUUCUCCCUCUGCGCCCAUAAAUCGUGUUCGCAAUUCGCAUCUCGCUUUAGAUACUUUUUCGCCUGUUAAUCAGAAUGGAAGUUUCGAGUUUGAUCGUGUUUUAAAGAGUGGUUAUGUGCAGAAACGAACGAGGAAAACAAAGGUAUGAUUUCGUUGACUAUGAUUACAUUUACAUGAACUCAUUAUCAUUUCGCAGGCGUGGAAACCUAUUUUUCUUGUCCUCCGACCAAAUUACCUCUCAAUCUACAAAGACCAGAACGAAGAUAAACUGCGCCAUAAGAUACAUCUUUCAGACUUAACAGCCGUCGCAUUCCUCAAAGAUCCCAAACAAAAAAGGCGCAAUGUAUUCGGUCUCUUCACCCCCUCUCGAAACUACCAUCUCGAAGCUACCACCAAAGGCGAUGCAGAACAAUGGGUUAACCUCAUCCGCAAAGAAGCGCGAAUCGACGAAGAAGAAGAGGAAGAAAUGUUACUAGCCAGUCCUUCUGGUAAUAUAACUAGUACAUAUCCUGGAUUCGAUCAAGCCGUAGCCCACCAACAGUUACAGCGAAAAACUGAAGCCCAAAUUCUACAUGAUGAAAGACUAGGAAGUAGUUCUCCGGAGCCAACAGAUCCUUUGCCACGGACGAAUAAUAAACAAAAUAUGUCGGCAUUUGGAGGAGGCAGACGCCCAUCAAAUACAAUCGAAUAUUCUGGCAAUGAACUAGUUUCCGAUGCCGAAUUUUCAGAUACAGAUCUUGCGCGCCUCCCUGGUACCUCGACUAUUUCUCUGAACCUACACAACCCUCCCAAUAACCUAAACUCCAACCAAGAUCUCGAAGUAAAACCCCCUUCCUCAACGCUUCCAUUCGCACGCAAUACAUCCCAAUUAUCUCUCUCACAACAGCCACCCCCCGAUCAAGACCCUGAACGCGUAGUCUAUCAAGGUUAUCUCCUCUAUUUACGCUCGAAAAACGGUAUUCGCUCCUGGAAAAAUCUUUGGGUAGUACUACGUCCCCGUUCUUUAUCCUUUACAAAACGACUCGGAAUACUCACCGGUCAUGAUUGUGCCCAUGGAAAAUGUAAUAAAUGUUGUGGAAAUUGAUCCAUUGAGCAGGACGAAACCAUAUUGUUUUCAGGUGAUUAGUGAGGAAAGAAGUUUUAAGUUUUGUGCGGGUAGUGAGGGGGCGUUGGUGAAUGUUUUAGGAGCGUGUAAGAGUUUAUUGGCGAGAAGAAAGGGGGGUGUGGGUGUGUAAAGUAUGGAUCGAGAUGGGAUGAAGUUGGGGAAAUUUCCCAUCUCUUCAGGCAGAAUAGAAGGUAGGGACGAGGCGAGACGAGAAGAGGAAGAAUUCUAGUAGCCAGCGCUAGGAAUUGUAUAUAAGCUGGUGUAUAUGAGUGUAUGUGGUAGUGACAGGAGCUAGCGAGUGCGAGUUUGAUUGUGAAUGAAGGAAUCAUUUGUAAGGGAAGGGUGGAGGGGACAAUAUAAUAAUGAAUACGAAACGAACUUUAUGAUCAAUGUAAUUUAAUCAAUCCAAUACCUAUA